AUGCCCCAAAUACAUGAGCUUUCUUCAGAUGAGUCGGACGAUGAGUUGUACGAUAAUGAACAGGACCUUUCAGGAGUUCUACUAGGCUUUGGUGAUGUUGUCAUUUGUGAAGAGGAUAAACCUGAAGUUGAGGAUACUUUUAUUGGAGGUGAACCGAUUUGGUUGAAUCCGGAAUCCCCUCCUCCAUCAGACCUUUUACUGUGCAAGAAUUGUCACUUGCCCUUGCGGUUAUUCUUACAAACAUACGCUUUGAUCGGAGAGUCGUUAUAUGAUCGUGUGAUUUACAUAUUUGGAUGCAAUAAAGCUUCAUGUAGAAGACUUAAAGGCUCUAUAAGGGCAAUCCGGGCGUUGAGAAAAGAUCCGAAUGUGAUGAAACGGAGGGAGAUGGAGUUUAAAAUUGACGAGCUGAAGGUGAAAAGGGAUAAUGAUAUCAUUAGAGCUAAGAAAACGCAUACCAAAGAACUGGCCAGCAAGAUUUUUGCUUCAAAGGAAAGUCAUUUAGCAAACCCUUUUGAUACUUCUGAUUCCAAUCCAUUUAGCACUUCUUUAGAUCCAUUUACAGCGGUAGACAAUAGUGGGAAACCUGAUCAGAAGAUUUCUGUUCCCCAAGAGCAGUUUAACGUUACAGCCUCAGACUAUUUAGCAUUUGUCCCUCACCUCGCACCUCUUAAACCAUCCCGACGUGAACUAGACUUCGAACUGCCAAGCUUUCCAGGUACAAUUCUCUACCUAGAAGAUGAGGUCCUUGAUCCUUCUGAGCGGAUAUCGCCUCCUAUCCAAAGUAAUAUCAACUUCAAAGAGACCGUGGAUGCUCCCGAAAUGGAAACUGGGUCUAGCUUCAAGAUGCCGGAAAAGGUUAACACAAACAUCAAAGAGGCUGGAGAAAUCAUCAAAUCUUUGGAUGAUACCACGUUCCAACAUUUUACUGAUAUAAUAUCGUACAACCCAACUCAGGUGUACAGAUACAAAUUGAACGGGUUUCCACUUUUAUACAAUACUAAGGAUGAUGUCUCGAAAGUUUUUUAUGAUGAGAAUGGUAAGCUUCGAGAUGAGAAGGAUUUUGCACUUCCAAGGCCAGGCUAUCAUCCUAACGGUUCUAGAAGAUUUGAACUUCAGUUGAUGCCUCAAGCAAUUAUUGACCUAGAGUCCGAUGAUAGUAUCGAUAUACUCAAAGAUGGUAUGGAAUGGGGCACAAUUCUCGUUGCAACAGACUCAGAUGACUUCAUUCCUGACACUUACUUUGAUGAGAACUACGUUGCCUAUGUCGAAGAAUGGUGUGGUGUCCAAUGGGAAGAGCAGAUGCAUAAUUAG